CCAAAUCUUCGUUCGCUCCGCCCUCUCUGUCACUCUCUCCCUCUCGCUCUCGCAAACACCAAAUCCCUCGUUUCUUCUCUCUUGACCUAAAAAACCCCUAAAAAAUUGCUGAUUCCCACCUUUCUGCCUCGAUCGCAGGCCUUGAAACGCUGAUUGAUCCUCCGAUCACCGCCGGCGAUGGCGACGGCGGCCUUCAGAUCGACCUCGAGGCGGCCCGCCGUCGGCGGCCGCGGCGGUGCCGAGGACGCCGGGUCCUCCAACCGCGGAGUGGGCCACCGUCGGUCGAGGAGCCUCGGCCGCUACUCCGGCCGGUUUCCGCCGCCGCCGCCAGAGUCCGACGAGUUCUCGACACCGAGGAGCAGGUUCGUCAACAAGGUGAGGGGGUCCGGCGUCCCUGACAUCAGCCUUGAUGAUCUUGCCGACGAGUUCUUUCGGGCGAGGGCGGAGUCGGAUGAGGAGGAGGAGAGCAGGUCGGCGGCCCGCCUGCCCGAUCGCCGGAAUUCAGUCGCUAGCUAUAGGAUGGAGACGGAGGCUUCUCGCCUGCGGGGGAGGUCGGUGUCGAGGCCCCCUGACCGGAGGGCUGUGAACGGGAAACCCACCUCUGGUGGUAGCUCGAGACGGCAGCGAUCCGUGUCAGUAGCUCGGCAUCGUUGUAGUGAUUCGGAGAAUGUCUUGGACCUUUGUGACAACACCACUCAAAGCAAAGGGAGACAUAUUGGCAGCGGUAGCUUCCAGUGGCCUUCAUCACAAAACCCAACAAAAACAGGUGCUUUGGGAAGAUCUGGGAGUCAAAAAGAUUUCUUUCAGUCACAUGAUAGUUACUCGAGCCAGUCUUCUUCGCUAACUGAUGAUGAAGCACGGGAAGUUCAUUCAAGUAAAAGUGGGACCGAGAAAACAAUUCAGGCAGUUUAUACCCAAGAAAAGAUGGAACAUCCCACUGGGGAUGCGGAAGGGACUGGAUUAUAUGAAGCCAUGCGCAAAGAAGUGAGACAUGCAGUAGAAGAGAUCAGGACAGAGCUUGAGAAGUUUAUGCAGGUCAUGACAAAAACAGAACGCACAACAAUUCUUAAUGACAAUGAGAAACGGGCAAAGAGUUCCAACAUUAUCCAAGUUAUUGCUGAUAUCAGAAGGAAUUACACCACCAAAUUGGAACAGUCGGAGAAGCGGAAGCAAGAAUUACUGGCAGAACUAGCAGUAGAGGAGCAGCGUGGUCAGGAGCUUACUAAAAUUGUUAAAGAGUUGCUUCCUUCGCCAAACCCAACAGCUGCUCCAGAAAGAUCCUCACGAUCGAGAAGAAGAAGCAAUGAUAGAAUAAGGAUGUCGAAACAUCUGACUGAAGAGGCCGAAAGAUAUUUUGAAGAUUUCCUUUCAAAUGUUGAAGAUACAGACAUGUCUUCCUUUGAUGGAGAAAGAAGUGAUACAAAUUCGACGAUAAGAGACUUGAUAGUGCAUGAUCGUGUACCAGAAACACCUGCAAGUUUGACAAAAGCUGCUCCACUGCCUGUUGAGGCAGAUGGUGUUGUACUUCCUUGGUUGCAGUGGGAGACCAGUAAUGAUACAUCUCCUUCACCAUGCAAAACUGAGGCAGAGGUGCCGGCAGCAUCAGGAAAUAUUUUGCCUGCUUCAGCACAGGAAGCAAGUGCUGGAUUUGAUGGUGGGAAACUCAUCAGAAGUAGUGUUGGGAGUUGGAGCCCUGAAGGUGAUCACAGCUCCUCUGCGAUUUCUAUGGACCAAAAAGGUGGCAGACUUGGAGAUGUAGUAAACCACCUGAGCAGUUCCAAUGGUAGAGCAAAAGGGUCUAAUUUUUACAUGGAUGAUUACCUAUCCUUGCAACACAAUGAAGAUUUCCUCUUCGAGAGGCUGAGACAGAGGCAGAGAAUAGACUCAGAUGGUCAAAACUCAGUUUGGUCGGCUCAUAAAAAUUUUUCGUGGUGAUAAUGCCAUGGAAUAUACCUCUAUCUCAUUCAUGGAAGCACUUAAACAAGAUGGAAUAGUAUCCUAUCGUUCUUGUCCUUACGCAUCUCAUCAGAAUGGCCAUGCUGAAGGAAAGCAUCAACAUAUCUUGGACACUACCAGGUCCCUCUUUUCUGCUGCCUUACUUGAAUCUUUCUGGGGAGAGACUGGUCUAUACCAUCAAUCGGGUGAUGGAAGCUCAUCAGGUAAUCUCUCAACGUCCGAUUCCACCAGGUCUAGAUCGUCCACUGAUUCGAUCAUCACACCCGGAGCAUCCGAGCCUCUCCUCAGUACUACCCUUCAUCGCUCUAGUAGGGUAAGAUCCAUCCUAUCUCAUCUUAGUAAUUACCAUUAUUUUUAUGCCCUUGCUACCCUCUAUGAGUCUCGCAAUUAUCGCGAGGCUAGUUCUGACCCUCUUUGGCAGAAGGCCAUAACUGAUGAGCGUCAAGCCCUUCAUGAUACUCAUACAUUGAAUCUCACUGACUUGCCUCUUGGAAAGACUAUAGUAAGAUGCAAGUGGGUGUAUAAGUUCAAGAGUAUGCUAAUAGUUUAGUGGAACGCUUUAAGGCUCGUCUUGUGGCUUAAGGAUUUACACAGGAGUAUGGUAUUGACUAUGAGGAGACCUUUGCUCUAGUAGCAUGACUUACUACUUUUCGUUCCUUACUUACAGUUGCAGUUGUUAAGCAAUGAAAGAUGUAUCAAAUGGAUGUUAAGAACACUUUCCUCAAUGGUGAUUUAGUUGAGAAAGUAUAUUUACAGCCUCCUCCAAGUUUUGCUCAUUCGUUUGGAAAGGUUUGUCAUAUUUGUAAGGCACUUUAUGAUCUUAAGCAAUCUCCUCGAGCUUGGUUUUUCAAGUUCAGUUCAGUUCUGACUUAGUAGGAUUUCACUCCUAGUGCAUAUGAUUUUGCACUAUUUCUUCAAUGAUCUGAGGCUGGUGUUGUUAUUCUCUUGCUAUAUGCCGAUGAUAUGAUUAUUAAUGGAGAUGACAUCUCAGGGAUUCAUGCACUUCAACAGUUUUUUAGACAACAGUUUAAGAUAAAGAAUUUAGGACCCUCAGCCACUUCCUUGAUCUUGAGGCUACUAUCUUUUCCAGUUUAAGUAUGCUUCUGAGUUGUUGUCUCGUGCUGGUUGAUAGAUAGCAAGACUGUGGAUAGUUCUCUGAAAAUGAAUGUUAAGCUUCUUCUCAUUGAUGGUGAGCUAUUGACAAAUGUGACUUUGUAUCAGCAGUUGGUUGGUAGUUUCAUCUAUUUGACCAUUACACAUCCUGAUAUUUCUUAUGCAGUCACCUUUGUAUCUACCACUGGCUAUUGUUUCUUGCUUGGUUCCUCUCUUAUCUUUUGGAAAAGCAAGAAACAGACGGUUGUCUCUCACUCUAGUAUGGAGGUUGAGUAUCGUGCACUAGCAGAUACUACCUCUGAGUUUUAUGGCUUCGAUGGCUACUAUAUGAUAUGGGUGUUCUUUUGACUAGCAGUUCCUCUCUUCAUUGUGAUAAUAUGAGUGCCAUGCAGAUUGCUCAUAAUAAUGCAUUUUAUGAGUAAACGAAGCAUAUUGAGAUAGAUUGUCGCUUUAUUCGGCAUCAUAUCAGGCAGGUCACUAUUCAGUUGAUACAUAUUGCUUCUACGGAUCAGCUUGCGGAUAUUUUUACGAAGGCCUAUCCAUCGAGGUCUAUCAUGAUUUGGUUAGCUAUCAUCUUAAGUUGUCAUCUUCGCUACCAUCUUGAGUUUGAGAGAGGAUGUUAGUAUAUAUGAGUUGUAUGAUAUAGGGUUGCCAUAUUUAGCCAUAUUGUGUUGGUGUAUACGUGCUGUAUGAAGGAUAAUGUUGGUGUAUAUGAGUUGUAUAUUGGUGCAUAUGAGUUGUAUGAUCUAGGGUUGCCAUGUUUAGCCAUAUUGUGUUAGUGCAUAUGAGUUGUAUGAAGGAGGAUGUUGGUGUAUAUGAGUUGUAAUUGAUUAUUUAUCGAGUUGAUUAGAUGAGUUACCAUUCUUGUAUAGCCACCUUCAACUAUAAGAGGUGGGCCCUUGUACUCGUUGAAAUAUACAGAAUAUAUGACAAUA